CAGGCCUGGAGCUCGGGCGCCCGCCUCUCCGCUCCCGAAAGGCCCCAGACCCACACCUCGCCACUUCCGGUAUGGCAGACGUCUGCUGCUCUAACUUGCUGGCGAGACUCUCCUGCUCAAGUGGAGCCGAACCCUCUUUGCAUAGUUCCCAUCUUAACCUUCCUGAGAGUCCCCCACCUCCAACGAGUCACAAGAACGAUGAAGUGUUCUUCCCUUGUCCGUAUUUCUCACCCCCGGGUUGCUACCCCGAAUCCAACAACAUGCCCAUGUCAGCCCCUCCCACAUGCCUCGAUGCCCAGCACCUCCUACUUGUCCCCUUUCUGUUUGUCUACUGUCUCCCUCUCCCUGUCCUCCCAGCUUUGGCCUUCCCUGCACGUCCUCGUCUUCGCGCCCCUCCCCCACUGCUCUGGAUGGGAAGGCCCACACGGGAUCACCAUUUCCUCGGAGGGUCUUUCAGCUCUUCCUGCAUUACCUUUGUGUCCUCAUUCCUAAUGUCCCUCCUACAAAAACAACUGAACCCAUCUGCUUCCCCAUCCUCCCACCUCUAGGGUUCUUCACUAGGCCAGUUUCUCCAGCGUCCUCCGCUAGAGCCAGUCUGAAACCAGCAGCCUCGGGUUACUCAUUUAAGCCCGGCCCGGCCAGACCUCCCAGUCAUAGGGGGCGCUGUGCACCUUCUUCUCUCCUGUACAAAAAGGACUCCCGCUCUCGAAUCUGGGGUAGGUGGAAGGGGCGGGUCCAGGCCUGGGUUCGGCGCGUCCAAAAGGCUGGUCCUGUGCCGGAGCAACAGGAGAGCGAAAGGCAGUAGACACUACGUGCGGCACCAACCUCUUAGAGUGCAGAGGCGGGGAGGGCAGCAGAAGGCCGUCCUCUGGUUAGUGACCCGCGUGGGACCACGUGACUGCAGAGGGCCCGCCUCCGCCGCCGGAACCAGGUGUUCGAAUCCCGUUUCCAGAACUGGCGGCGUCCCAGUCCUGCCGCCGUGAGGCGCCAGAGGACCCGCCCGGGCGCUGAUGGCAGCACCGGUCCGCCUGGGUCGGAAACGCCCGCUGCCGCUUUGCCCAAACCCGCUUUUCGUACGCUGGCUGACCGAGUGGCGGGACGAGGCCGCCAGCAGGGGGCGCCGCACCCAAUUCGUGUUUCAGAAGGCGCUGCGCUCCCUCCGGCGGUACCCACUGCCCCUGCGCAGCGGCAAGGAAGCUAAGAUCCUACAACACUUUGGAGACGGGCUCUGCCGAAUGCUGGACCAGCGGCUGCAGCAGUACAGAACAUCAGAUGGUGACCAUGCCCCAGGAUCACCAUCUGGACGGAAGAGUCCAGCCCGGGAAAGGCCACCUGCUGAAGUCCAGGACUCCUCCAUGCCAGUCCCGACCCAGCGCAAAGCAGGGGGCCCUGGCAGCUACUGGCCAGCUCGGCACUCAGGAGCGCGAGCGGUACUGCUGCUGCUGUACAGGGAACACCUGAAUCCUAGCGGCCAUGGCUUCCUAACCAAGGAGGAGCUGCUGCAGGGCUGUGCCCAGAAGGCUCCGAGGGUAACCCCUGGAAGCGCUCAGCCCUGGCCAGCCCUCCGCUCCCUCCUCCACAGGAACCUGGUUUUCAGGACACACCGGCCAGCUAGGUACUCACUGACCCCGGAGGGUCUGGAGCUGGCCCAGAGGCUGGCAGAGUCAGAGGGCCUGAGCUCGCUGAAUGUGGGCACUGCGCCAGAGGAGUCCCCUGGGGAGGAGCCAGAAGUGCCAGGAGCGGCCUCAGCUGAGCUUGGCGCCAGCGAAGGGAGUGACGAGCAGCCAGCCCUGGAGCUGGGGCCUGGAGAGUACAGGGUGCUCUUGUGCGUGGACGUUGGCGAGACCAGGGGUUCCAGGGCGGGCCACAGGCCAGAGCUGCUCCGAGAGCUGCAGCGGCUGCGAGUGACCCACAUGGUGCGGAAGCUACACGUUGGGGACUUCGUGUGGGUGGCACAGGAGACCAGUCCCAGAGACCCCGCAAGACCCAGGGAACUAGUCCUGGACCACAUUGUGGAGCGGAAAAGGCUGGAUGACCUGUGCAGCAGCAUCAUCGAUGGCCGCUUCCGGGAGCAGAAGUUCCGGCUGAAGCGCUGCGGCCUGGGGCACCGAGUGUACCUGGUGGAGGAGCAUGGCUCGGGGCAGAACCUCAGCCUUCCCGAGAGCACGCUGCUGCAGGCUGUCACCAACACUCAGGUGAGCCGGGAGGGCAGGGCCAGGCCGGCAGGGACCCCGCAGCCCACGGCUCCGCUCAGGAGCCACUUUCCCUCCCUGGAUCGUCUCCCCCAGGUCAUUGAUGGCUUCUUUGUGAAGCGCACGGCGGACAUUAAGGAGUCAGCUGCUUACCUGGCCCUCUUGACAAAGGGCCUGCAGAGACUCUACCAGGGCCACACCCUCCGCAGUCGCCCCUGGGGACCCCCAGAGGACCCUGAGUCAAGGGCUGGGCCCCCCCCAAACCCUCUCUGCUCACUUCUCACCUUCAAUGAGUUCAACACGGGAGCCAUCAAGAACAAGGCCCAGUCUGUGCGGGAGGUGUUUGCCAGGCAGCUGAUGCAGGUGCGUGGAGUGAGCGGGGAGAAGGCAGCCGCGCUGGUGGAUCGGUACAGUACCCCUGCCAGCCUGCUGGCCGCCUAUGACGCCUGUGCCACCUCGAAGGAACAGGAGAUGCUGCUGAGCACCAUCAAGUGUGGGCCACUGCAGCGGAAUCUGGGGCCCGCUCUGAGCAGGACCUUGUCACAGCUCUACUGCACCUCUGGCCCCCUGACCUGAGCCAUGGCCCCAGCCCCCUCUUCUCAGGCUCACCAGCCUUUUAACCAGAAUCUUUGGGCUGCAGUAAAAAUCUAAGUGCUUGCAGCUUUCUGUGUUACGGAGGCGACGCCAGGCCCCAGGGAUCUCGUGAGAUAUCCAGCCAGAAACUGCCAAGACCCUCAGGUCCAAGGGUUUUUAAACUGAGCUCCUUAAUUAGCUAUAAUGGAAAAAAAUAAAAAGCAUUAUAAAAAAAAUAAAA